UGUGGCUGAACCCGGUGAUGAACUGCUGGUGAUGAUCAACAACAGCUCUGUCAAGCCUGGAAACAACUGCUUGCUAAAGAAAGUCCCAGCGUCUGCCUUAAACUGAUUUAGGUGUUCGAAUAUCUGAACAUGGUCUGUGGCGGAUUUACCUGCUCAAAAAAUGCGCUUUGUUCCUUAAAUGUGGUUUACAUGCUGGUGGGGCUGCUGCUCAUCGGGGUGGCAGCAUGGGGUAAGGAGUUUGGCAUCGUGUCCAGCAUCCACAUAAUCGGAGGGGUAAUCGCCGUGGGAGUGUUCCUGCUUCUCAUCGCCAUCGUAGGACUCAUAGGGGCCAUCCACCACCACCAAGUCAUGCUCUUCUUCUACAUGGUCAUACUCUUCAUGGUCUUUCUCGUCCAGUUUGGGGUGUCCUGCUCCUGCCUGGCAAUGAACCAAGGACAACAGGAGAAGCUUCUGAGCUCCACCUGGGGCCUGCUGAACAACACCACCAAGGUAGACCUGGAGGGCCAGCUGGACUGCUGCGGCCUGCUCAACACCACUGCCAGCCGGGCCCAGUUUGAAAAGGACAUGGCCAACUGCACUGCUCCAUGCAAAGCCAGUAAAAACUGCUCGACCUGCGGAGACAUGAUGCUGCAACACGCCACGGAGGCCCUGAAGAUCCUGGGAGGGGUGGGGCUCUUCUUCAGCUUCACGGAGAUCCUAGGGGUGUGGCUGGCAGUGCGCUACAGGAACCAGAAGGACCCCAGAGCCAAUCCAAGCGCUUUCCUAUAGUCCAUCACACAAUGUAGUAGUGUAGACACAAGACAGAUAACACUGGUACAUGUAGAUUUGUGCACCCCUGCAGACACUCAGGCACACCCCACGGACCAUGACCCCACGCACACCUGACAGGAGAACACACACACACACCUGACAGAAGAACACACACACACCUGACAGGAGGACACACACACACCUGACAGGAGAACACACACACACAUACCUGACAGGAGAACACACACACCUGACAGGAGAACACACACACACACACCUGACAGGAGGACACACACACCUGACAGGAGAACACACAUACCUGACAGGAGAACACACAUACCUGACCGGCACGGAGGGAAAACGUCGCCCUAAACUCGUCAGCUUCACACUAGAAUACAUCACAUGACCAUCAGCCCCAAGCUAAGGCCACUUUUAUACAGCUCAGAAUCAGCUCGAGCUUAACAGCUGGAAGUUCCAAAACUCAUGUAUGAUAGGAGGAACAGGUGUACCCAAUUUGAAACCUCUAAGGUCCUGCCCCUAGCCUUGAUUUGAGUUUGUUAAUGGUUCUUUCGUAGUCAGUCUAACCUUGUGACCCCGUAUGUUCCUCUCCUGCAUGUGUCCUCUGCUGCACAGCCAGGCCUGAAUCCCUGACCCCCCCACCCCACUAUGCAGCAUUUCAUACUCCAACAUUUAUGCACCUUCCUCUAAGGUUUUCACUUUGUCUCGACAACCCUGCUCCAAAUCAACUAUGAGUUCUUACCUUCUAAGUACUUGUGAUCAGCCCAGGGCAUUUGACGUGUGAAACCAUGUUUUCAGUAUUGCGUAAUUUUGGGGACUUCUACGAAAAAGGUGUGCAUGCUCGUGUUUUUUUUUUUGCCAUAUUCCACAAAACUCAAAAAGAAAACUUUUGGUUUCGUCUUAAGGACAAAAAAAACAAUACAGCUAUGGCUAUUUUGAAGAUAUACAGAGCCAAACAUACUUGCACGUAGGGAUUGCACUGAAACACACUGCCCAGUCUGUAGUGAGAACAUUGUGUGAGCUCUGUGGUACUGUGAAGGCCCAGCCUUUCUCUCUGAUUGUCCGACUGGGAAUUCCUGCCACACUGCUGUGAAGCACCCAGUCUCCUGCCCUCCUGUCACAAGUACUUAGAGUGGUGUGGCAUUGUUGUUGAUUCAGGAUAGAAAAUCAGUGUUGAGUGUUACUAAUAAUGAACUUGGCCCUUUAGAGCAGUGGUAGGCUAGUGAUGUGUGGGUCUGUCUUAUGUACCCAUUGGUGUCAACUAUUAUACCCCAAGUCCUCCCUGUCUGAACUGCAGUGAGGUGGUGAUGCUGAUAUACACUUAAUGGUUCAUCUCAUUUGUGCUGACGUAGGUGGAAAACAGGUAUACAUUGAAGAAGUGGUGAUGUAGUUUAUUCAGUGUUUGUAUUUCUGUUUGCCCAGAAAGCUGGGAUCUUAGUCAUUAGAUUUUAGAAAGGAUAAGUAGUUAAUGAGGUAGAACUAUUUAUAAACUUGUGUAACUGAGCCAACUUACUUAACUUCCACGUAUAGAUUACCAAUGGACCGCAGACUUCAUGUUGUAUAUUACAGUAACCUUUGUAAGUUCCUUAGAUCAUGAGAGAAUGAUUGAAUGGUUUAUCUUUGACCUUUGCCUUUAGUGAGGAUUUUAUAAUAGUCCACACACCUAAUCCGUUCUGAUUUGAAACUUUUCUGUUAUCUCAGUUGUGUCAGUGUGUUUAAGUACUUAGUAAGUUGAAGAAACAUGGAUUGUAUCAGAUCGUUUUUUUUUCUGAUUGUAGCCUGUUGUCACAUUAUAGCAAGACUCAGCCAUUUGUUAGUGUGUGUUUGGGUGCUUGAUUACUGUGUGAAAAUAGCUAUCGCAAACCUGCUGUAUGCAUUUUGUUAUUCUUGAUCAUGUUAACUCAGACUGUUUUAUCCAUUGUGUUCUCAAAGAUUGUUUUCCCUACUGUGUUAUGAUGUUCAGUUGCCAUGUAAUUUUUGUUCAAUAGUGUUAAACAUGCUUUGUAAGUGUUUUGUGUUGUUUUUAAAAUGUAUUUAACUGCUGGUAAUGCACAGCAAGCAUUAGGAUUUAGCAAUGUUUUUGAACCACAUUCAUAUUUCUCACUAGUAUUUUCAGUUUCUCCACAUUUUAGUCGAUUAACCUUUUCUAUUUAUUUAAUUUUCUUUUAUUUGGUUUGGAUAUUCUUUGGAUAUUCCUAACAGCUACGCUUACAGAUAAGUUGUGUAACUUUCCUGGCCUCCUUUCAGCUUGACCACUAACAUUGGUUGAAAUGUCAGUGCUUGUUUUACUUGAACCAGUUCUAACCAUGUUGAAUGGGUCUCCUGCUGCUGUUAUGGAGCUGAUUCUAAUGAUGAACCUUAUGUACUCCUGUGAACUGCUCACUCUACCCUGCCCUCUUGUGACAUUUUGAGACUUAAUUUUCCAAAAUAAAAACCACAUGAAUUGACAAAAUUUA